AUGCUUUCUAAACUCUUGAAGCAUGGGACAUUAACGAUAGAUACAGAUUUAUGUGUUACAUGCGCCGAUGAUUUGUCUUUGUCAAGAUACCAUGCUGUAAAACACUCUUCUUCCAGAACCUUCUUCUCAAUCCCCUCUUUCAAUUCUGCUACCUGCAUUCUUCACAAUGAACCUCACAACAACCAUAUCCUGCAUUUAUCAACAUCUUUUACUAGGAGGAAGCUCAAUCUUACUCUUCUUCUCACAACUUUUCUUUCGAGCAAUUUAUCAAACACUAGUGGUGCAUUCUUGAUGGCUCAAGAGUUGGACUUGGAGCUUCACAGAUACACUGAUUCGAAGGAAGGUUUCACUCUUCUUAUACCCUCUUCUUGGACUAAGGUUGAUAAAGCUGGGGCAACUGCUUUGUUUCAAGAUGCAAGUAUGGGGAGCAACAACAUUGGGGUUGUUGUGAACCCAGUUCGUCUUGCAAAUCUUGGAGACUUCGGGAGCCCCGAGUUUGUUGCUGAUAAGCUUUUACAAGCAGAAAGGCGUAAGGAAAGUACAAAGGAAGCUAAAUUAAUUGCAGCUUCAGAAAGAUCAGGAAAUGGAGAUUUGCAAAUUUAUGAAUUUGAAUACACCAUUGAUAGUACUCGUGGAGGAAAGAAGAGGAUAUUUUCUGCAGCAUUUGUGACCUCAAAGAAACUCUAUCUUCUUAACAUUGUUCAUUCUGAUAAACCAGAGAGUCCUCUUGAACCAUAUAAAAGAAUGAUUUUAGAGCAAGUUCUCCAUUCCUUUAAUGCAGCAGCUUAAAACUUUGAAAUGAAAAUCUCAUUUCUUCUCUGAUUAUUCUC